AAGGGCCAAAAGUAUAGACAUACCCCUUGUAAAUGUUUCUUAGCCGAUGGGCGAUGAUCACUAUCUUCGAAUCUAGUUCCUCUGAGCUUCAGAUCGUUCAGUCACCAACUUAGACUUUCAUCAAAUCUACCUACUUUCUUCAAAUUCAAAACUCAUCUCCUGCUCAGUCGCCCGGUUCCAACGCUGCGGUAACUUUCGCUUGUGAAGGUGUUGGUUGUAGUUCGCCCAGAAGUCAGCUACAAGUGGACGAGCCUUCGAUUGCAGAACUGUCGUCGAACAAAACCAUCCGCGCUCGCGAUUUCGCUUAUCAUGAUGGCGAUGAAGAUAUUGCCGAUUCAUCUUCGGACGAAGGUCAUUAUGGGCGGCUACUUCUAUUUCUAUUUCUUGAUCUACUCAUCUUUAUCAUUAUCUUCUUGUUGCGUUAUUCAUAUUAGAUUUAUAAUAUGUUACUGACGAGUGACUCUGCUACUGAUUCAGAUUGAGAUAUGCUCUUAAUAGGACUAUUUCAUCACGACAUCUUCUUGUGUGGGCUCAUUAGUUGUGCCAGCACUUAUUCCAGUUUCACCUACUUCGUUCUCAUUCUCAGGGAAAUCUGAGGCAGAUUUCCGAAUGGAUUCACCUCGUCCGUUCUCAUUCUCAUCCUCUGAGGACAGUUACCACUUGGUCCGCCUUGUGCUUGAUCAGAACCAUCUUAUUAGAAGUGCUCAAUCCUCGCUCCUGCGCCUACAUCUUGUCUUCCUGUACCUGCAGUAAGAAGUGCUCAACUAUUCCUCCUGCGGCUACAUCUUGUCUUCCUGCAGUAAGAAUAGAAUCAUCACAGAAUAGAACUAUGAAGUAUAGAACUAUGAAGUACUUCUUAAGGAAUCCACAUUUUCUAAUAUCCGUUUCGCGUUCGAAGUCGUGGCGACGGCCCGUCUGCGGACUUCUUGGCUGACCCGGAUGGCCCUGUGGAUAACAUGCAGGAGUCGGUCAUUCUGAUUUAGAUUCUUACUGCUGCAAGGUUCCUUGAAGGAAGCAGAGUAGUAAAGAUGUGUAAGUACUAAGUAGUCCUGUCGUAACGUUGUUGGUAUUUCUUGUCCAAAGUGUAUAAGUGAUAGUUAUUAUAUAUAAUUUUUUUCUACUGAAGAUAAGUACAUCAAGAUGAAUUUUUGAAAAAUAGCCUUCCGGAAAAACAGGACUCUAUCAAG